CUUUUUUUUCGACGUUUAUGUCACUUUUAGCGAAGUUUUUCCGACUCUUUUCGGCGUUUUUGUGGCAUUUUUUCAUCUUACUUCCACAGCUCCUGAAGCCACCAUGUCGAGUUGUUGCUAUGGUAACGUUAGUAACGGACGCAGAGAGACAGAGAGAGAGAGACUGGCUAACGCACAAACAUAAUAUCACUUUAACUGACAGUUUCUACAAUGGCGUCGAAAAACAUCGACCCUUUAUCAGUUGAGGAGCCUUCAGGAGCUGUUGAAGAUGAGGAGGAGACGGAGGAAGAGCACACAGCGGCAGCAGGAGGGUGGAGCCGGGAGACUCAGGUUCCUGGGAAGGUGUUACGGGCUCACAGUGACGCCGUGACGGCCGCGCGACUCUGCUUCAACGACCGCUGCCUCCUCAGCUGCUCCGCCGACCGCACCGCCAUCCUCUGGGACGUGGCGAGCAGCAGACCUCUGAGGGUGUUUGACGGAGUUCACAGUAAAACCAUCACAGAGUGCGCUCUGAUCCCAAACACCAACAGGAUGGUGACAGUCUCCUGGGAUAAGAAGAUGGUGUCCACAGACCUGGAGACAGGACAGACUCUGUGGAGGAGGCGUCAGGCCGGCCUGCUGACGUCCUGCAGCUCCUCUCCAGACGGCCGGCUGCUCGUCUGUGCUUCAGAUCCCCAGAACGGCGUUUACAUCAGCGACGCAGCCAGCGGACAGACGCUGCACCACGUCAACGAUCAUCACCGCUCCACCAUCACGCGGUGUGUCUUCGACCCCCAGAGCCAGCGCGUGGCCUCGGUGUCUGCAGACCGCAGCAUCAAACUGUGGGACCUGCUGGCUCACAAGACCACGGUCAACAUCCACAGUAACCACGGCAACGUGGUCUCUGACUGCUGCUUCUCCACCAGCGGGUACUUCCUGUGCACGGCGUCGUGGGAUAAGAGUUUAAAGCUGUGGGACCUGCAGGCCGGAGGGUUCCGGUCUCAGGGCGGGACGGCGCUGCAGAGAGGCCACGAAGGCAGCGUGAGUUCCUGCAGCUUCUCUGCCGACGCCAGCCUGCUGGUGUCUGGCUCCUAUGACAGGACUGUUGCACUCUGGGAUAUGUUGUCCCUCUGCCAGACUCUCAUCCUGAGGGGCCACAGUGAUUGGGUGACAGAUGUGUCAAUCAGUGCUGACAGGAAGUUGGUGGUCUCUGCCUCCAAGGACAGGACGGUGAGGUUAUGGAACAUCCAGAACAUGGAGGAAAUCCCACAAGUCCUGGAGAAGAGGAGGACAGAAGGAACAGGAAUCCACAUCCUCAAGUGUGAGGAGUGUAGAAAGGCCUUCCCAGUGUCCAGGCUGCAGACCUCCGAGCUGCUGACUCGCUGCGUCUUCUGUCGACUCAAAUCACCCUCCAGGUACCGACCGCAGCCGCCGCCGCUCAUGUGACUUCCUGUCCCGGGGGUCAGAGGUCAGAGGUCAGCCACGCAGCAGCAGCAGCCUAGGCAAGAUUUCACCUGUUUGUUU